AUGGCAAAGUGGUUGUUGGAGUGUCCCGGUGAGCUUGGAAAGAGGGCUCAGUGUGUCUGUGGAUGUCUCUGAGCUGUGAGACAUUUCAACUUGUUUUUGGGUACCACGCAGCGUGGAUGAGCACUUUGAGGUGUUUUAUGUGUUUACCUGAGUUUUUUUUUUUUUCUUCUUCCUUUUUUCCGCCACGCUGAAUAGACCUCGUCGUGUUUACAGUCCUUGUUCCCGGCAACAACGUCAUCCCGGAGGCGGGGACCACAGAGGAAACAACCAAUCAGCGCACUGCUCGGAUCGCACGUUAUAUAAAUACAACAGAGCGCGUCGGGCGCCUGUCAUUUAAGAGGAAACAGACGCGGAGCUCAGACUCAGAGCUGAAAAAGAAAAAGACUGUCCUACUCACGAGUGGAUUGAAAACAUCUGAAUUAGUCACUGGACUCCGCUUUGAAUCCAACUAAAAGGUACAAAUCGACGACUUGGUACAGUACAGUUCCACUAUUUUGGAAGUUUUGCUUUUGUUUUUGGUAGAUUUCAUCUUCAGUAUAAUAAUACAGCGGGACUUUGUUCUGGAGAUUGAAUCAUUUUGGGACACUGAAGCCUCGGUGUCUAAGCAGCAUCUUUGCAGCGCACUCUUGUAUUUGACUGUCUGAUUUGAAAUAUGUCAGCAAUAAUGGAACAGCCUUUUUAUGACGACUCGUUUCUCUCUGCUUAUGGCCAUCCAGGCGCAGCCCUGCCAGACUACAAGCUGCUAAAGCAGAAUAUGAACUUGAACUUCUCCGAUUCAUAUCGGAACUCAAACUUCAAGUCACAGCACCUGCGCGCCGACAGUGAUUUCUAUUCGGCGGGCACGGCAGACGUGGGCUCCCUGAAGCUCGCUUCACCUGAACUGGAGCGACUGAUCAUCCAGAACAGUAACGGGGUCAUCACUACAACACCGACACCUGCCCAUUUCCUGUACAACCGCGGGAUCACAGAGGAGCAGGAGGGCUUUGCUGACGGUUUUGUUAAAGCGUUGGACGACCUGCACAAUAUGAACCAGAUGGCUCCUCCAAACGUGUCCAUCGGCACGGGCAGCGUUGGCUGCUCGGCUCCAGCUUCCGUGUUCGGCUCAUCCAUGCAGCAAGAACCGCUUGAGUACACCACCCUGGGCAGCUGCUCCACGAACCCCAGCCUGUCCUCAGCAGCCAGCUACCCUUCCACCACCAUCAGCUACCUGCCGCACCACCAGUACCACCAGCACCCCCAGGCUGUUGCGCACGGAUCUCACCAUUUCCAGCACUCCCUGGUCGGCAUGGGCAUCCAGUCGCAGCGGUUCAGCGGGUUGAAAGAGGAGCCUCAGACAGUCCCCGACAUGCUGAGCAGCGACAGCGGAUCUCCUCCGAUGUCUCCCGUCGAUAUGGAGAACCAGGAGCGGCUCAAAGCGGAGCGCAAGCGGCUGAGGAACCGGCUCGCGGCCUCCAAGUGUCGGAGGCGCAAACUGGAGCGCAUCUCUCGCCUGGAGGACAAGGUGAAGGUGUUGAAAACAGACAACGCCGGACUCUCAAACACGGCUUCUCUACUGAGAGAGCAGGUGGCUCAACUCAAACAGAAAGUCAUGACACAUGUGAGCAGUGGCUGCCAGCUCAUGUUAGCGCCCAAAGUAAAGUCUUAUUGAAGAAACGUUGCACUUUGAAAAACACUGGACAAGAACUGCACUGACGAGACCAUGAACUAUGUCUUUGAACAUUGACAAAGAGAGAAAUGGACCAUUCUGGUUGAUUUGGCUGAAAGAAAAAAAGCCAACUGAGAAAUCAGACUAAAACACUUCGGGCAUUUUUGAACAAGUUAUUAAAAGUGUCGUCUUGGCUUUGCCUGUUUACAUGUUACUUUAAUUUGUGAUUCAUUGAUUCGUAUGUAAGUUAUUUGUGUUUGUCAGGCUGAGCCUGAUGAUCCUGUGUGUUUUUUACUUUUACUUGUACAGUAUAUAUUUAAGUAAAUACAAUUAUGAAACUGAGAAA